AUAAGGUACCACUCCUUUCUCCUCCCCCUUUCCUCAUCUGAUUAUGAUGGUGAUGCUAGUUAUGGAAAUUCCUUCACUUUGUCUGAUGCAUUUUUUUUCUUGAGAAGAAUGCUGUGUUUCCCUGUUCCUCCCAGGUAAGUAUCAUCAGACACUGAGUCCUGGACUAUAUAAGGCAGGUACUCUCAUCCAAAAAGUAUCAGCAUCCAUCAGAAGCUGUUGACUGCAAGUUUGCUGCAUCAAGAAGAGAGAAAGCAGAAGAAGACAGGAGACUGAAGCCAUGAUCUCCACACUAAAGAAAACCAUGAGACCAGUGUUGGCUGUCAGAGGGCUGCACAAGUCUGCAGUAGAAGUAUCAAGGCAUCCAGCCCCAGAGGACACAGUCACAGCCAGCUUUGGGAAGUUCAUCGGUGAAGUGAAGCCCCAGCACCUGUCCUCUCAGGUGAUCCACCGCAGCAAAAGAAUGGUGCUGGACAGCAUCGGAGUCGGUCUGAUUGGCAGCACAACUGACGUGUUUGAGCUGGCUCUGCAGCACUGCCAGUACAUGUACGCUCCUGAUGACAUCAGCUCAGUGUACGGACGCAGAGGCUUGAGGCUCUCCCCUACACUAGCAGCGUUUGUUAACGGAGUAGCGACUCACUCCAUGGACUUUGAUGAUACAUGGCACCCUGCCACUCAUCCCUCAGGAGCCGUCCUUCCUGCUGUGCUAGCACUUAGCGACAUGAUGCCUACUAACUGCAAACCCAGUGGUCUGGACUUCCUGCUGGCUUUCAACGUUGGUAUAGAGAUCCAGGGCCGACUGAUGAGGUUCUCUAAUGAGGCCCACAACAUCCCCAAGAGGUUUCACCCUCCCAGUGUUGUAGGGACCAUGGGGAGUGCGGCAGCCUGUGCUCGCCUCCUGUCUUUGGAUCCCUCCCAGUGCAGUCAUGCCUUGGCUAUAGCUGCCUCUCUAUCAGGAGCUCCAAUGGCUAAUGCUGCCACUCAGUCUAAACCCCUGCACAUAGCGAAUGCUUCACGUUUGGGGCUGGAGGCUGCUCUGCUGGCCUCCCGGGGCCUUGAGGCCAGUCCAUUAGUUCUAGAUGCUGUUCCUGGAGUGGCUGGCUUCAAUGCCUUUUAUGAAGAUUAUGUGCCGAAGCCUCUAGAAUCACCAAAUAAUGGCAGCCAUGUGUUCCUAUUAGAGGAGCAGGACAUGGGCUUCAAGCGCUUCCCCGCCCAUCUGGGGAUGCACUGGGUGGCAGAUGCUGCAGCCUCAGUCCAUACGCAUCUUGAGGGGCUCGGUCCUGGCACUGUCUCUCCAGCUCAAAUCCAGGACAUUCUUCUCAGAGUCCCCAAAUCAAAGUACAUCAAUAGGCCUUUCCCUGACUCAGAGCACGAAGCACGCCACUCCUUCCAAUUCAACGCCUGCAGUGCUCUCCUUGAUGGGGAGGUGACUGUUGAGUCCUUCACACCUACUGCCAUGAGUCGCUCUGACCUGCACGCCCUGCUGAGCUGCGUACGUGUGGAACAUCCUCAAGACAACCCAGCUAACUUCAACCUCAUGUAUGGGGAAGUCCAAGUGACACUUGUCAGUGGAGACAUCCUGAAGGGACGCUGUGACACCUUCUAUGGACACUGGCGCAACCCGCUGACCAAUGAGAGCCUGAAGAAGAAGUUCAGAAACAACGCAGGCACCGUGCUUCCCUCAGAGAAGGUGGAGGGGCUGAUUGAUGUGGUGGAGGAGCUGGACAGACUCGAGGACUGCAGGGCCCUUCUCUCACAGCUGCAAUGAACUCUCACAGAAACACACAGAAACAGCAAAACUGAAUUUUUAUAAUAUAAUUAUUAUUAAAACAUGGUCGCUCAACACAAUGCACUUUUUCACAUAAAUGUAAAGGACACGUGAACAUAAAAAGCUUGCAUAUUGCACUUUGCUAGGGUGUUACAUUUAAAGCUACUAAAGGCCACUAAAUUGACCAGAUGUGUUUUAUUGCUGUCUUUUAUCAAUAAUGACAAAUAACUUAUGAACAAAUUUAGAAAUUGUUUACCCAAUCUUAAUUUUGCUAAAUUGUUGUAUAUUAUGGUUCUUUAUUAAACUAAUAAUAUAAAUUGUAAAAUGACAACUAGUUACACUACAAAGGGAAAUGAAGAAGGGUUGGUAAAUAAUUCAAUAUGAACUGUAGAUAAAUAGUAACUGUUUGCAAAAUGAUCUACUUGAUACUGUUUUUCUCUUCAGAAUAGGGGUUGAUUAAAUGUGCAUUUUAACUAUUGUAACAUUUUUGCUUCUGAAUAUAAAAGUGAUGACAUUUUAAAAUGUAAUGCAUAUGUAGCAUUUCUGUCCGUCACUUUUUUUUAUAAAACUGCUCAAAAACACAUUUCUUCUUUUGUUGUAUUCAACACUACUAUAAUAGAUUAUUUCUUGUGCUUAGCACGCCUGAAAAAUGGCAGCAACAUAAACUGUAGAGAAAAAAAAACUGCAGUAUUUCCCAGAAGAAAAUAUAUUUUGUGGAGUGAUUCAUAAAGUCACAAAGUGCAGCGCUGAUCUUGUUAAGAAUGAAGAAGGGUUGGUAAAUACUUAAAUAUGAACUGUAGAUAAAUAGUAACUGUUUGCAAAAUGAUCUACUUGAUACUGUUUUUCUCUUCAGAAUAGGGGUUGAUUAAAUGUGCAUUUUAACUAUUGUAACAUUUUUGCUUCUGAAUAUAAAAAUGAUGACAUUUUAAAAUGUAAUGCAUAUGUAGCAUGUCAUCUGCUCUUUUUGUUAAUAAAACUGCUCAAGAAAACACA